GAUCAUGGUACUGAGUACUAGUACUUUAGAACCAACUCAAUUGACCGAAGAUAUACUUAUUUUGGGGUCAAUCCAGAGUCAAUUCCAAAACAAUUCAUAUACAUAAUACUCGGAGUAAUUGUUCACAGCUUUCUGGUAUAUUUUGGAGUGGAGUUGGGUGUACUCAGCAAUCCGUGAGCCUCUUCUGCUGCAACCACCACAACCUUAAUCCCCUUGUCUGCUUUGCGUUCGUUUGGCGUUUGGCGGAUGACGUUGGCGCUGCAACGAUUCGGGCCUGAGGGUGGCUGAGCCGCCCAGUGUGUGUGUGAAAUCAUAGCCUGGGCCAACAUUUUGAGGGACGGAGUAAUCGUUCGGUGGCGACUGUGAAUGUAUCUUGACCCUCUCAAUUGUCAAGUGAAUCAUCAAGAGAGGAAGAAGAAAAGGUUGAGUUCAGUACUGUAAUUUCAGCGAGGAAGUACGAGUACAAGACAUUUCAUCUCCUCCUCAAACGCCACAGCUCCAGUGUUCGUCCCGUCUAUUUUUGGCAGCAACUCGACAGCGUACUCGAGUAACCACCAAAAGUCAGUCAGCCCACCCUGUUCCCCCAAGCAACGAAGGCCCAGGACCGCGUCAACACAGCGACUGAGCCACAGUCACUCAGAGCAACAAAAUCCACUUCCCGCAACGCAACCCAACGCAACCUUCAACUCCAGAAUCUGCCCAUCGCCAUCUUCGCACACCUACGCAUCGCUCUUUAAUCCUCCAGCUGCAUCUACUCGUCUGCCAUCUCCCUAUCGGCUCUCGCAUCGUCCCUUCCCCUACUCCAAAACACUCCGUACCACUCUGAUCUUUGCUAUUGUUCUUCAUCUGCCAAGUUCCAUACUCGAACUCAAUCACUCCCGAUUCUUCUGCCUUGUUUCAUCUCGAGGAAAAGACAACACUCACCACCUGCAUACGAACACAACCAACAUAAGAUAGCUGUCGCCAUGGAGUUCGCUGCACAUCAGUUACAGAAAAUAAAGCUGGGGACGCAUGUCGGACAGGCAGCUUUGAUGCUGGUAGCAUGGAUUCUAGAGAUUACCGUUUUCCGCUCGACAGCCACGAUUGAUGGGAGAAUAGGCUGGUACUUUGGUCUGGUAUGUAGAGCUUGGUUUCUUUUCUAUCUUCCUGCCGAAGCUCAUCUUGGGAAAUGAUAAGAGGUGCUAAUAUAUGGAAUAGUGCUUCUUAACCGUAAUCCCAUUAAUAUACCUCACCAUGACCCCACGAUUCCCACGUACCAAGAAGUACGCAAACCCAUACGCUCUCGCUUGCGUUGACGCCCUCUUUUGUAUUUUAUGGUUAACCGCCUUCGCAUCCCAAGCAAGUUUCAACUCGAGCGGGAAAUGUGGAGAUGGAUGUGGGAGAAGUAAAGCAGUAGUAGGACUGGGAGUAUUUAUAUGGUUCGCUCUUCCCCUUGCAGUGUUCAACAAAACAUCUGGGAAAUUGGAAGAAGACUAACAGGAAAAUAUAGGUUACUCUGGGUCCUAACAACCCUCAUGUCACUCUACGGAGUAGUCUACUACAAGCGUGAGGGCUACCUUCCAGGAGCCUCCCGCGCCCCCCACAACGCGCAACAAAUCGAUCCUGAUAAGGAGGCUUUCUCAACCGCUCCACACGACGAGUACGCACCGGUGCAUAACAUUGAUGAGCACGACCACGACGAUAUCCACAACAUUGGUAACGUCGGUGGACCUCAAUAUAACGAUGCCCCAAUCAACCCAAGUAUGGUAGGCAGCCAAAGUAGUAGAUAUGAUGGGGGUUACAACUCCGGCUACGUCGCACCACCUAUUCACGAUGACACGAGUUACUCUGGGUACGGGGGUGCUGCACCAGUUGCGUAUUCGGCACAGGCUCCGCAGGGAUCUGUAGGUAGUGCGGGGGGAAGGGCGCAGUUCCCUAGUGCAAGUUAUAAUGUGUAA